AUGGCGACACGCGCGGCCCUUCAAAACUUGACCACUUUGACGAGUUUCUGUCGCGUGCAGAAUGGAGGGAACAAGAGUGACUUGGAAGCUGCUUUGGCCGUUGUCGGUUGUUGGAAUUUGCAGGUUCAGCGCUUGGGUUCCUACCGGGUCGCCGCAGCACCAGUGGAGGAGGCGCCAGACGAUGCGCUGGAGGCUCCCCCGCUCGUGGAGCCCCAGGUGGUGGAGGAGCCAGAGGCCAAGGCCCAGGAGAGGUCUGAGCAGGACGAGCUCCAGGCUUUAUGGCUCCAGCUUCAGCAGGCCACCAGCACUGCUAUGGCCGUCGUCAUGCGCGUCUAUGUGGCCGUGUUUGAGGAGUGA